GAUCUUCACCACUGCACGUGAACGCAGCAUAUAUCAGUUAGCAGCCGGUUAGCUUAAAGUCUCCCGGCGGUAACUCAUGAUGCUUUUCCAGGAAGCUACCUAUAGCUGGAACUGCCUGACUCGUGCGUGAAGACAUAUAAACCUUACUUUCUGAAGACCUAAACGAAAAAAAAUGGAUAUGAGUGAGUAUAUAGUUUCGGCGGGUCGAGCCGUGCUAGACAUCGUGGAGCGUGAGUGGCAGCCUCUGUCCGCGGGCGAGCUGGAGCAGCGGCUAGAUCAGGCGGUGGAGGAGAUCCUGGAGGCUGACCUGAUAGCAAAGGUGAAAACGCAGCCUUCUCCUACUUUAUAUGUGCAGAUACUACAGAGUGAGGCUAAUGUGCAGCCACAGGUCUUACAGACGACAGUAUGCAGUCCUCAAGAGGAAGAUGAGACGCAGGAGCCCCGGGAGACUUUGCAUAGUUCUGACAGUGCUGCAGUCCAGGUAACAGACUGUACACCAAAGAUACGGUUGUUGCAAUUGUUAUUGAUAUUUCCAAGUGUUUUCUUAGUAAUGAAAGAACUCGAGUUAAAACAUGUGACAAUACUCAUUACAUUUCCACCCUAUCAUAUUGAAAAUUAACACCUCCACUCUCUUGAACCACUUUAGAUGAAGGGCAUAUUUGUUUGUUUUUAUAUUGUCCCUCUGACAGCUUCUGAGCAGAUUUACAUGAUUAAUAGUUCAACAAAGUUUUCACGUAUUUCAGGGUGCUGUCUUUGAAAACCCUCAUUUCAACCUCUUUCUGAGACACCCCAGCAUUCCAGAGCCCUGCAUUCUGGAAUCCUCCUUCACUGUUGCCAUGUAACAGUUUUUUUUCCUUUUUAUAAACUGUCAAAUUUUCCCUUUGGAGGAGAUUCACUGUCUGGUGAUGUCUCGAUGUGAGCAAAUCCCUAUAGUCCCAUCUGAGGAUUACUUCAACACACAUUAACCUUGCAGUGUGAAACUUUGCUUAUGUGUAGAACUGAUGUCCAACAUUUAACUCUAUAUUUGUUUUCAAAAUAUGAAAAAAAAAACAACAACACAAAACCGCAUCUAUAAAAAAUUUUUCAGUCACUAAGCAGACUCUUUAAUUUUUUGCCUAUAUGGCAUGGUGCUGUUGUUAUCUAUGUCAUUUUGACUCAGAAAGACUUGCUGAAAAUACAAACUAACAACUUGUUUUGACAAUUUUCUCAUAUUUGCCUCAUCAGCACAUCGCAGACUUGCUUCAGAGCUCCAAAUCCAAUGCCCGAAUGGCAGGACGGGCUUCUUUAUCCCUGUCCCAGACCAUCAUGCUGUCCCUCACUCUGCUGUCAGAGCGCAUCAGUUACCGCUCUGUUUCUCACCGUUUCCACCUGGAGAAAGGAAACAUCCACAGGAUCUUCUUUUCCUUCUGUGAGCGAAUCAAUGUGCUGGAGGAAAUGCUCAUUAGAUGGCCAAGUGGUGGGUUGCCUGCAAUGUUUGUGGUCGAUUUUGUUGGACUCAUUUGUGUUUCAAAGUUAGUGUUUUUAAUGAAUUAAAGGAGAAACAUUUUCUGUUUUCUACAGGCCAGGGGGCAGAAGAGGCCCUUUUCCCACUGUACAGUCCAGUGAAGGAGGAGGACGAAGACAUCCCCAUGGUCCUGGGAAUAUUGGGACAUACCUGCAUACCCAUACGCCUGCCAAUUGUGAAACGUGACAUGGAGAGCACAGUGCCUGAGAUGAAAAGGAUCAAGAUGGAGGCCCAUGCUGACUCCUGGCUAAACCUUGAGUUAGUAUGUGAUUACAGUGGUCGAUUUUUACACUGCAGAAUCAGUAAAGGAUCAGAGGUGGACAGAGGCAGAACUCUGAGAGACAAACUAAAACAAAAUCCUGAACUCUUACCCUCUGGUUCCUGCCUUGUUGCCAGAGCUGGGUACCCACUUUCAGCUCAGAUUUUAACUCCAUACUCAGGAAAUCUCAGACCAAGAGAAGAGCUCUUCAACAAGACACUAGAAGGACAUUUCCACAUCCUGGAUCAGGCUGUUGCCAGUCUCAAAGCUAGAUUUCAAAGGCUGCAGUAUCUGGAUAUUGGAAACUAUGAACGAGCCAGGACUGUUGUGUUGACCGCCUGCGUGUUGCAUAAUGUGUUUUUGGACAUGGGACAGGUGGUUCAAGGAGAAGUUAAGAAAGAGGAAUCUUUAUCUGGCGAAGGAGAGGGAGAGGUAGAUGAGGAUGGUGUGCAGAGACGUGAAACCUUCACAGAAUUGUUGUUGAAAAAAUGUGAUUCUGGAGGUACGUAAAGUGUUCAAACCUUUAAGAAAACUGUGUUCAUGGAUGUAAAUGACGGGUUUUCAAAUAAAUCCUGUAUUUUCUACCUCCAUGUCUACCUUUAUACAUACAGUAACAGUACAAUUGGAUUUAAAACUUUUUUUUUUUUUUUAUCAGGUGUACAGCAAAUACUGAUUUAGACUUGAUACACACUCACACAAUAGUUGAUCAGAAACCACUGAAUCAAUGUUCAGGGUAACUUUUCAUCAAACAAAAGUUCCUGUCACACUGUCUGUAUUAACAGCAUACAAGUAAAAAAAAUACAAAAAACAUUCACGGUGUAUAAUCAGGGUAAUGGGAAUGAUUUGCCAGGAAGGGGGAAAAAGAAAAUCAAGAGAGGAAGAAAUGUGAUCUUUCUGAUUUUAGUUAGAUAACUACUUUUGUUUUGAAGACAUGUCCAGAACUCUACAUGAAGCCAGAGUAAACUUGAAAAUAGUUGUACCUCAAUACAUUUACAAAUCACCACUGAUGUUAUAUACAUAACGCUCAUCACAGUGGCCACAAGCACAAUUCUAGACGUGACCCUUUGCUGCAGGUCUUCCCCCAAUCUAUACUCCCCACAUUUCCAGCCUCUUUGCCCCUGGUAUAUUAAAUAAAGGCAAAAUUCCCUAAAGUAUAACCUCAACACCUCCAUUGUCUCCCUGUUCCCUAACACAUUCAGUUUAAAGUCCUUCUCCUCACCUCUACAGUCCUGCAUACUCAGGCCCCCCUCCUACCUUAUGGACCUGUUCCAUCCCCAACAUCCCUUCUCACAUCCUCCAAAUCUCAGACUCUAGGCCUUCACACCCCUGCUCUGAGGACCAAACACUGACCCUGGGGGGACCAGGCUUUCUCCAUAGCUGCCCCCUCCCUUUGGAACCCUCUCCUAAAACACAUCCAAGACUCAACUGAUAUUCAAGUUCAAAUCCCUCAUCAAAGCCCACCUGUUCAAAUCUGCUUUGAAUUGUUGAUGCAGCUGUUUAGCCUGUCUUUUGAUCUGUUUUUACUCUCUAUCUAAUGUGUUUUUAUCCUUUUUACUGCCUUUUAUGGUGUCUUUGAGAGCAAUGAAAAAUUCUAUAUAAAUAAAAUUUGAUAUUUUUUUUAUCUUAAAACAAAAACAUCUAAGAUGUAUAUAUUUACUCAGGGGUUACAAUAUUCCUAAAUGUAAUCAUUAUGCAGAACUGUUGACAUGGUUAAAUCUCUUAUAUCAUGUGGCAAUUUCAACUGUAAAACUUCAAAUCUAGGUUUAGUCCCAGAAGUGAGAGUUGGAUUUCCAGCCUCCACCCCUGGCUUUAUCUACUAUUCUCUCUUUUAUCUCACCUGGUCAAAUACAGACCAAAAAAAUUAGAUGAUAUCCUUAAAAAGUAAGUAUAAUUUUUGUGAGUGUAUUGUUUUAACUGUAAGGUGUUAGGUUUUAUUAUGACCUCUUUUCUAAUGAUCACAGUGAUGCCGUUAGCCUUUGUCUUAGCCAUUUUAAUUGUUUCUGUCUUGUCAUUAUGCUGCCUACAUAUAAAAUAAAUCUACAAUGGAAAAGGUUAUGGACAUAUCAGUACAGUGAAAAAAAGGUGUUUGUUAUAAUCAGCAGAAAUUAAAGAUGAAUACAUCCACUGGGGCGUCAACAGAAAAGCACAAGAACUAUUUAACUUGCUAUGAGUAUAAACAAGAGUCACAAUGGCCAUGCAUGAUAAUUUGCCAAUUUGUACCCCAGUUUUCAUAUUUCCUGUUCCAGUGGUUUUAAAUGAUGUCCCAAUUAUAUAGCUUCAAAGAACUAAGACAAGCCAAAUAACUCUUGGAGGUAUAACUGCAAAUGUGUCACAAUGUAACUAAUCUACAAGUGUAUAACAAAUAUGCUCAAGUCCUUUCACUUAUACAACACUGUAAGAAAAGUCUUUGGUAAGAACAACUGUCAAACACUGAAGUUCAGAGUUA